GAAUUUCCAUCGAUACACAAGAAGAUGAGCUUUGCGCAGGGUCAAGAUUGGGAGGUCCAGGGCUGGAACAAGGCCCGCAGCGGCGGCCGCAUCGGCAACGAGUCCAAGGAGGCCGCGCUCAACCGCGCGCGUCGCGCCGGCAACGUCUCGACCGAGGUCAAGCACACGAACGGCCUCAACCGCUCGGCCCACGGCGCCGCUGGCAACAUGCGCAAGCUUGACGAAGACACGGAGAACUUCAAGCACGACACGGUCGACCGGUCGCUCUCGCAGGCGCUCUCGAAGGCGCGCCUCGACAAGGGCAUGACGCAGAAGGCGCUCGCGACCGCGAUCAACGAGAAGCCGCAGGUCAUUGGCGAGUACGAGUCGGGCCGCGCGAUCCCGAACCCUGCCAUCAUCUCCAAGAUUGAGCGCGCGCUCGGCUGCCGGUUACCUCGUGGCCCCAAGAAGAAGCGCCCCACGACGUCGGAAUAAAUCGACGACGGAGUAAUAUAACAUAGUCUUGUAGCCACCGA